GAAUUAAUUCUGUGGAUCCUGGAGGAGUCCAGCGAUGCUACUUUGUAUAUAUACGUUGACGACCAUGCUUCCCAAUGCCUUCCACAAACCACCUCCCAAAGCAAAGCCAUGGCUGAGAGACCAUCCUAUCUUACCACCAAAGCUGGAAAAUAUGCCCUCGGGGCAAAUCGUGGACCUCUGGCCAAAGAGGAUAUAGUUGAAUCCCAGAUCGCACAUGUAGAGUUGGCAGAUAGCAGCUCGCUGAAGGGCAGAGGGAAGGUGCGCCAGCACUGGACCCGGUUUUGGUGCUGUUAUUUGGUCAGUGCCAUUAUUUUCCUGGCUAUUUUUCUUCCACUCUUUUUCACCGUCAUCAUCCAAGCAAUCUCCCAGCGAGUGAUCGACAAUGCAUCGCUCGUCCUAGUGGAAGCUAAGAUCAUGCAACCCCGACCAGAGUCUGUUCUGCUCAGUAUCCAAACCGCACUCAAGCUUCCCGUCAACGUCCCCGUACGCCUUGACCCAAAUGUUCUCCACCUAUUCAAUAACGAUGAACCGGGAAAUAGCACGUAUUUGAAAGUAUACAACGAUGCUCUAGAAAUCCAGGGAACCGCAAGUAUUGGGGUUCAGAACCAGCCAAGUCCAGUGAACCCAGGGCCAUGGAAACACUACGUUCGCAGCGUGGUCUUCGAGCCACAUGCUCCGUUAUCUGCGUUUGGAAACACCAACAUAUACUUGGGAAAACUGAAGAGUCAUAUUUCGUUGAAGAAGGACCUCCCUCAAAACACUCUCAAUUCUUUCGCUGGAUUUUCGAUCGACCACCCGAAAAUGCUUUUUCCGCCGCGAGAUGACGGGGUGAAUCUAGUUGCAAAUGCGAUAUUGCCAAAUCCAUCGGUCAUGACCAUAGAGAUUGGUAAUAUAACCAUGGACUUGAAAAGCAAAGAUCUGAUAGUAGGGAAUGCGACUAUCAACAACUUGACGUUACGACCCGGAAACCACUCGACACCACUCGAGGGGGUGGUAGAUAUGCACACAAUCAUAGAGAAUCUUCUGCCUCUCGUGCAGGCGCAAGGAAGCUCUUUGCGGAAUGGGUAUCUCAGCCUCGAUGCUGUCACACGAGAAGUGGAAUACGAUGGCGUCGUGAUCCCAUAUUACACCGAAGCCAUGCGUGAUUUGGUCCUGUCGGCGAAGGUGCCAGUCAAUGACCUAGUGAUCAACUCAAUACAAGGGAUACUUCACAAUAACAGUUCCGAUCUCCAAUCUAUACUCUCUGAUACUGGGGAUCGGAAG